GCUUCAAUAUGGCCGCUGUUGCCGAAGUCAGAAACUCUGAAAUUUACUGGAUAGAUGACAAAUCAGACGACGAGCAGCCGAGAGUGUACGUUUCAGGAAUGAGCAAGAAGAUGGGUGUUAAGGCUGCAUCCAUAAGCAGUAAAGACAGGAAAGUCAAAGGGAAAUUCUCCUUAAAUAAGGAAGGGAAGAGUGGGAAGAAAUUAGACUUGUUCACAUCACACGUUGCUGUAGAGCCACUUUUCGCUGAGUCGGCAGUGCAGAAGGCCACGGAUUUUUCUGCUAAAUCCAAAACCCUUCAUCAGGUGUCAGAACCACCUCAGGCACUGCCUAAUAGAUCUCAAGCCAAAAGCAAGGCUUCACUUAAGGAUCUCUGCCCAGAAGACAAGCGCCGUAUUGCCAGUCUGAUUGAGGAGCUGGCCAGAGUGAGUGAGGAGAAAGAAGAAUCUGUGCAGAGACUCCGAGAUGAACAAGAGACAUUUGAGAAAAAAAUACAACAGCUAGAGGAACAGAAUCGACUCAUCAUACAAGAAAGAGAAAGCUUGCAGCAGCAGUACAGGGAGUGUCAGGAACUGCUGGGUCUCUAUCAGCACUACCUCUCCCAGCAGCAGGAGAAACUCAACCAGUCCAUCGCCCAGCUCACGCAGUCUCGUUCCCACAGCAAGAUGGCCAACAGUGAGCAAGCUCUCAGCAGACCGGCUGGGGGAGGGAAGGCGUCGGCUCUGGAUGGCUCCUACUUGUAUCUUGCUUCCUCCGGAACUAGAGGCAGAAGAGAAGGGAUCUCAAAUACCUCGUUUUCUGUGCCAUCACCUUGCAGAGGGCAACAUGAGAGUGGCCAUGAUGGUUGCACCUCAGGUGCCUGCAGGUGCCCAGGAGGAGGCUUAAGUGUGUCUAGACCUGAUAGACACUCAAAACGGGAGCAGUUGGCCAGUGAUGCUGUGUGGCCAUGUGGAGCCACAGUGCCUAGGGGUUCACGCCAUGGCCUGGGACUAGAGAAUGGUAACAAAUGCAGAGCAGAGCUCAGUGAGACAGCGCCUCCUCUUGGGAGGGAGGACUGGGAGGAGAAGAGGCAGCGCUUGCUUCUUCAAAAGAAACAGCUGGAGGUGGAGAGAGAGAAACUGCAAGCUCGACUUGCUCAGCAAGAGGAGAGGCUGCUCAAACAGAACCAAGAGCUCCGACAAUCCCGUCUCGACUAUCACAAGUUCCAGCAUGCAGCUACAGCAGAAUUGGAGCAGCUCUUUGAUGGAAAAAAAAUUGAUAAAAAUCCUCAUCCCUGUGUGUCUGUAGAUGCACACAGUGAAGGUAAGGAGGGAGGUCGGCAAGCCUUGCAGAGAACUGUCAGACAGCCUUUAAAUGAUUUUCAACCACAGGUUAGCGGUGGGAACGUUCAACCACCUGGCCCCAUACUUUCACACGAGCUGUCUGCAGUAUCCAAAAAGGAUGUGGCCACCUCUCCUGUGCAUUCUUGCAUCUCACAGAAGUCUACUCCAUCCCAGGCUUUGCCCAUCAGUGACCUCAAAACCCCUGGGGCCCCCAGGUUGGACUCCUCUGUGACUGAGCUGUUGGACGUUUUCAGCCCCAUCGCUAACCCAGGGAGAAGCAGACUCAGCCCUUCUUCCCAAAGAAGGCCCGCUGGCCCUCACCAGCAUCUCUGUGUUGCCCAGCCUAUUCAUAGGACCCUGCUCUCUCCUCCAGGCCAGGGCCAGCCCUCACAGCAAGACUUGGAGGAGAGUCAGAUGCUGGAAGACAUCUUCUUUAUCUGCUGAGAAGGGAGCUCCGUGGCCCAUUGGUGCCUUGAAGAGAGCCCACUAAGGCUGCUAGAACUGCACAUGAGAUCGAGGCCUUGCUUUAUGGCUAACAAGCUAAAGAGGGAAGACAAACUGCUAGAACUGAACUGGACUGAUGCGUGAUGUUGUUUCCAAGCCAUUCCUGAGCUUCUGGUGCCUUUUUUUUUUUUACGAUUGUUAGUAUUAAACUGGUUUUUAUUAUGCCUUAAUUGUGAGCCUAUGCCAAAGUAAUCAUGGGCUUUACUUUUGGUGCUCUUUUUAACAUUUAAUCUGAUGUUAAUAAACACGUAUUUAUUCUUGUAACAGUUUUGUACUCUCUGUGGUUCAAGCUAAGUAUAUUGUGGCUGAAUUUAUGUGAUUAUGCUGAACUAAAAUGGUCUAAUCUACAUACACAUCCCUUUUAAAGGGAUAGUUACAGUACAGUUAGGAAAAAAUGUUCAUAUUAAGUGGAAUGUUAAUUGCUCUAGCUCCUAGCUCCUGUAUGGCUUGUCAGAACCUAAAAGCUGUCUGGCUUUUUUUUUUUCUCAAAAACUAAAAAAUGUUAUAAGUGUACUGAUUUUGUUUUUUUUUAAAUAUAAAUAUUACAUGCAUUCUUUACUUCAGGAGAGUAAAAAAGAUACAAGCUGGUAGAGCCAUUGAACAUAAACAUUUCACACAUGUAAAGUUGUUUCUGCAUUUAGUGGAAAAAUUCCAGUUUUAGUGUGCCUUUUGAUCCUUUUGUCCAAUUUAAUCAAAAGUUUAGUGCUAAACGUUUCUGUGAUGCACCCUAACUUGAAUACGCUAGUAUAUUCCUUUCUGUCUGCAUCAGUCGAGCUACCAACCAAUAAAAAGAAUAAGAUAAAACAACACAUAAACAAGGCUUGUAUAAAGACACAGAUGAAAUCGGGGGGCGGGGGGGGGGCAUAGCGCUGGUUUAUUCUAGACUGUGCUUUAUUAUUGGGCUAAGCAGAGACGCAUCAUUCAGUAAAAUUACAAAACGAGAGUCCAGGGAGCAGAGAAAUAUGCAGUUCAGAGGUACAGGGCAGGAGCAGUUAAAGCGCUCUGACUGCUAAUAGCUUUCACUCAGUGUGAUGGGCUUGGCAAUAAUCCACCCACUACAUCCAGCAGUCUCUACUGUGCUCAAAUGUCUGAAAAGUUGUUCCUUUUUGUGUUUUCUUGUUUUUCGAAACAUUUAAAAAAAAAAAAAAUUUUUAAACUGAUUAUACCGCUGUGGCCUCCCAUUUCUACUGCCUUGUACUUCAUUGUCGUUGUUUGGAUGUAGAAGUGUGAAAGGAUAUGACUAGCACAGGCUGGAUGGCUCUCCAGUCUGAGUAGCUGAGGUGAUGGAUGGAUUAGUGCAGUUUCUCCGUGGGAGUUGUGGUGUCGCGUGUGCAAGAAAGGCAUGGAGCAGAUCGCAGGAAAACAUGGCUUGUGGAACAGCAAAAUGGAUUAGAACAGUAGAUGGUUCUCACUGCAGAACGCAACACCAGUCGUGAGCAUGUUCUACAUUCCCAAGAAAAUGUUAGUUGUGGACUCUGACGUUUGCCAGUAGCAUUGAUCCAUUGUGUCCCACAAUAUAAAACAUGUAAAAAAUAUAUAUAUUUAAAAAAUGGCUUCGUUUGAAAUGACAAACAUACAUUAUGGUUCAUAAUAAGUAAAGAAAAAGAAACUAUUGGCACAGAAACACAAACGGGGGAAAGGAUCUGUGUUGGUAUACUGCAGCACAAAAAAAAAAAUUCAGUUGAAUAAAUAAAGAGAAAUAAAUAAGCAUGUUGACAGCACUUCAGAUUGUGAUAUAUGGAGGGUUUUUUUUCAGUUGAAUUUGAUGUUCUCCUUGACUUGUGUACAUGGCCCACUCUCUCUUUCCAUGCCAAGGACUACUGCUUGCCUGGUUCCAUUCAUCACCAGAUUGUAUUUUUUUUACUAGUUGUAACUCAGAAUUUAAAGUUUCAUAAUCAUCCAGUCUGUGUAGAUAGAAGUAAAAGUCCUAUAAAAUAUGCAAACCUAUAUACAGAGUAACAUAAAGAAAAAAAACAUUUACAGUAUAUUCAUUAGUUUAUGUAUAUAUUUAUAUAUAAUAAAAUAAUAAAACAUCUGCUCUGUUUCUUGCUAGGUUAUCAACCAUACAUUUUUUUUUUCCAGAAUAUGUAAACAGUUGCAGCUGAAACAUUGCAUGGACUGGAUUAACAAAGCAAGGUGAUAGACGGACAGACAGGUGAGCAAGACAAAGGAAAGCUGCAGAAAAUGAGGUGCCAAAAGAGAGAACUUCGGAGACAAAGGAAGUUGGGAAUUGUUAGCAAGAUGAGUGCUUCAUAAUACACCUAUCUGAGUGAGCUAAAGAGCCUUGGUGGCGUACCUGAAUGAGGUGGAAUGCAACAUUCUUGGAGUUUGUCUGCAGGUGAAUUGGUUUUUAGAUUUCAUAUCCAAAUUCCUUCCAAAGUGAAAUGUUUAUUCUAUUGCUGCUGUACAGACCCUUUACUGUAGCCAUAAAGUGAAUCAACUGGUUUCAGAAUGACUAUUUACAGUAUUACCAUCUGUAUAAUACAGCAGUUCAAUCCAGAGCAUGACCUAACAAAAUCAUAAAGGCUUUACCUUCUAAUCACCAGUGUCUAGAAAUUUCAAACUCAACCCCCAAGUCUUAGCCAGAGGACCAAGCAAAAACUAUCCUAACAAAAUACAUUUGAGCUCUUCGAGCAGCACUUGUAAACACACUGCGGAUGUAGAUUCAUACAAUACCUUUGCAAAUCAUGUACAUAAUGCCCACUUAAUUGUAACCCUAAGCAAAAUGUCCCUUGAGUCGUGAGCGGGGUGUUACAACAGAUGGCAGACUUUACAGAUGUUUCUUGUCGACAGAUAUUUGAAGGCUUACUUACAGGAGCUGUAGGUUUGUUUUGUUUUUUUUGGUUUUUUUUUGUUUUUAAAAAAAACAACAAAAAAAC